CUUAAACGACACAAAACAUAUCCCACUGGUGAGUUUGUAUGCACUGCUUGACAGUGCCGCAUCAUGGACCUGUACAAAGCAGUGUUGCUAGGUGUCCUUUUCUCUGCAGUCAGUGCGGGUGUCCUGGAUGAAUAUGCAAAAACAGAGGGCGCCCGGAUUAUGUCUAUAUUGAAGAGGGAGUACUCAGUAGGCACGGUCCUAGAAUGUGCCAUCAAGUGUAAUGCUGAAACAGCUUUCACUUGCAGGUCCUUUAUAUACAUUGAAAAGGAUCAAGAAUGUUUGACAAUACCAGCAAACACCAAAACAGAGCAUGUUCUGAGAAGAACCAGCACAGCUCUCUACGAAAAGAAAGUGUACUUGAUGGAGUGUGUGAAUGGAAUCGGUAUGGACUACAGAGGAACUAAGUCCAAAACAAAAUCAGGGAAGACAUGCCAGAGAUGGGCAUCAAAAUACCCCCAUAACCCCAACAUGACCCCUUCAACACACCCCAAUGCCGACCUGGAGUCCAACUUCUGUAGAAACCCAGAUGGCGACAGCAAAGGACCCUGGUGCUACACCAGAGACCCUGAGACCAGGUGGGAGACCUGCAACGUCCAGGACUGCAGCGAGGAAUGUAUGCACUGCAGUGGUGAGGACUACAGGGGAAAGAUCUCUACCACUGAGAAUGGCUACACCUGCCAGCGCUGGGAUGCGCAGAAACCUCACAACCACGGCUACAGUCCCAGCGCUCUUCCUGAGAAGUACCUGGAGGAGGACUACUGUAGGAACCCAGAUGGGGACCCCAGACCCUGGUGCUUCACCACCAGCCCCUCCAAACGCUGGGACUUCUGCUCCAUCCCUCGCUGCACUUCUGAGCCUCCCACGGUGGUGGAGGAGCUCACCUGUAGCACAGGCGACGGCGGUGCCUACAGGGGAACUGUUGCCGUGACAACGUCUGGGAAAGCCUGUCAGGUCUGGGCAGCUCAGACGCCCCAAAAGCACAACAGAACUCCAGACAACUACCCAUGCAAAGGCCUGGACCUGAACUACUGCAGGAACCCAGACAAUGAGAGGAUGCCCUGGUGCUACACUACAGACCCAGAGACACGUUGGGAGUACUGCAAGGUGCCUAGCUGUGGAGACGUUCCUGGACCAGAUGACGCUGCUCCCGCUCCAGCUGAGGAAGACUGUUAUGUGGGCAGCGGGAGUGAAUAUCGUGGCAUGGUGACAGAGACCAUCAGUGGGAAGAAAUGCCAGUCCUGGAGCUCGAUGACACCUCACAGUCACAAGAAGACACCUCAGGACUUCCCUAAAGCCGAUUUGAGAAGAAACCUGUGUAGGAACCCUGAUGGCGACCGUGCUCCAUGGUGCUACACCACUGACCCCUCGGUUCGUUGGGAGUUCUGCGCUGUGGAGAAAUGCCCAACAGCUCCCAAGCCUACUUCUAAGCCUGACAAACCUGACAAACCUGACAAGCCUGACAAGCCUGACAAGCCUGACAAACCCGAUCAGCCCAAACCAGCACCCUCUCAGACACCCUCAGCUGAUUGCAAGGUGGGCAAUGGGGGGACAUACAGGGGUCCUGCUUCUAUGACCAUGUUGGGUGUCACAUGUCAGAGGUGGAGCUCCCAAAGCCCCCAUCAGCAUGCCAGUUUCAACCCUGAAUCCCACCCUGACAAAGGCCUGGAGUCCAACAAUUGCAGAAACCCUGACAAUGACGUGAAUGGACCAUGGUGCUACACCACAGACAGAAGCAAAAAAUGGGACUACUGCCAAAUCCCAGAAUGCGCUGGCUUGAAAUGUGGGCAGCCGGUUACAAAACCCAAGAGGUGUUUUGGUCGCAUCGUUGGAGGCUGUGUGUCCAAACCCCACUCAUGGCCCUGGCAGAUCAGCCUGAGGACCAACACUGGUGUUCAUUUCUGUGGGGGAACUCUGAUCGCCCCUCAAUGGGUCCUCACCGCUGCCCACUGCCUGGAGAGAUCAAAGAGGCCAUCUGCCUACAAGGUGUUCAUGGGAACCCACACAGAGAGAGGAAAUGAAGCGACCAAGCAGGAGCGUAAUCUGGAGAAACUGAUCCUGGGACCUGACAGGACAGACAUUGCACUGCUGAAGCUAGAAACCCCUGCACUCAUAAAUGACAAGGUUUUACCAGCAUGCUUACCCGAGAAGGAUUACGUGGUACCACCUGGAACAGAGUGCUAUGUGACAGGAUGGGGAGAGACACAAGGAACUGGUGGAGAUGGGAUCCUCAAGGAGACGGGCUUCCCUGUUAUAGAAAAUAAAGUGUGUAAUCGUCCUGCCUACCUGAACAACAGAGUCAAGGACCAUGAGAUGUGUGCUGGGAACAUUGAAGGGGGAACAGACAGCUGUCAGGGUGACAGUGGUGGCCCUCUGGUGUGUCAUGCCCAGAACAGCUUUGUCCUCCAGGGAGUGACAUCCUGGGGUCUGGGCUGUGCCAACGCCUUGAAGCCAGGGGUGUACGCCAGAGUAUCAAAGUUUACGGAUUGGAUUAACAGUCAGAUGAAGAUUCAUUCUUAACUCCCUACUCUCCAUAAUCUGGAGAAAUGUGUAAUUUGAGCCACAAAUCUAGUUUUGUUAAGAAUUGAAAGUACAAAUUAAAUACUUGUGGUAAGUGAUUUUGUCAGAAAUUGCAAGGAUCAUUAUUUUUGUUAAGAAAACAAAAUAAUUCAAUUGUUAAGCAAUGCAAAUAUGUUCUAGCCUGGAAGACAGCAAUGGUGUUCGGCCACAUGUUACAUUUUUUUAAUUAAACAGCUGACAUUGUGUGCAAUUGGGA